AUGAAAGGCUAUCAAAGGCAUGCAACUUCAAAGUUGAUUAGUGGUUACAUUAUCGACAAUCUUCGAGACCCAAGGUUUGAAGUUACACCAGCUUUUGUCAUGGCAGAGAUGCAAAAAUUGCAUGGACUAGACAUUGGGUAUCACAAGGCGUGGCGUGCUAUUCAACUUGCUUCCGCUUUAAUAAGAGGAACUCCUGAUGAGAAUUAUGAAUUAUUGUCUUCAUACUUGUAUAUGAUGAGAAGUAACAACCCGGGAACAUAUACUAACAUAAAGAUAGACGACAACAACAGGUUUCUUUAUAUGUUUUAUGCAUAUGGAUCAUCAAUAUCUGGUUGGAAUCAUUGUAGACCAGUGAUUGCUAUUGAUGCAACUUUUUUGAAGUCAAAAUUUCGUGGUGUUUUAAUGAUUUCAGUUUCAAAGGAUGCAAAUAACCAAAUUUUCCCACUAGCCUUUGGAAUAGCAGAAUCUGAAAAUAACAAUUCCUAUGAGUGGUACUUUAGUCAGCUUCGCAAUGCAAUUGGGAGUCGUGAGAAUUUAAUUUUUUUAUCAGACAGGCAUCAAGCUAUUGCAUAUGGCAUUGCAAAGGUUUAUCCUGAAAGCCAUCAUGGGAUUUGUAUCUAUCAUUUGGAGCAGAACCUAAAGCGAAGGAAAGUGAAAAGUGAGGUCAUAAAACUUUUUCAAAGUGCUGCAAGAGUAUACAGGCGCAAAGAAUUUGAUCUAUACAUGUCAGAUAUAGCAAAAGUAGAUAAGAAGUCUUAUGAAUACUUGAUGGAAGAACCACCGGAAAGGUGGGCACGUUCUUGUAGUCCACGACGAAGAUAUGACAUGCUCACAACAAACAUAGUUGAGUCAAUGAAUUCUGUCCUAUUUGAAGCAAGGGAGCUGCCUAUAUUAAGAAUGAUGGAUUUCAUUCAAGUGAAGCUACAACGUUGGUUUUAUGAAAGAAGAAAUGAAGCAGAAGAAACUUUUUAUGAUGUUUCUUGUUGGGUAGAGGAGGAAUUGAAGAAAAAUAUAGACUUAGCAUUUACUUUGAAUGUAAGUAUUAUGUUCUAUGUUUAG